AUGGCGGUCACGCCCUUUUGCUGGACUGGUGAAUUCGUCAUCAAAAAACCAUGGGCUGAUGUUAUGCGGGCAGCCCAACUGAAGUAUCCAAACCCAUUUAAUCCGAACGUUUUGACCAUCGAUGUUAUUUCACGAAACAUUGAUAGGGAAACUGGCGUUCUUCGCACUACCAAGUUGAUUAACUCAUCUUGGCCUAUGUUUUCAAGUGUGGGCGACCUUCGGGCUGUUGAGCGUACAGAGGUUGAUCCUCGGAGGCAAUACAUGCUUUUGGAAUCCAACAAUGUUGACAUGAGAGGUGUUCUCAAAGCCAAUGAAAGACUAGAGUAUGAAGUACAUCCUGGUAAUCCUGAAUGGACGCUCGUUCGUCACAAAAUCUCCGUGGACGCCUUCCGCUUCAUCGCUUAUGCUGCACUCUCCGCCAGCGAAAAGACUGCUCGUUCGGGUCGGGAAGCCUUGAAAUGGGUUAUCGAGAACCGAAUUGAUCACUUCAUGGUGCGUGCUCCUUCAAAAACCGACGUGUCGGCUCCCUCUUCGUACCUCACUCCGGUAUCCAGUUUUUUUUCACACGGGGCGACAUCGUCGCUCUCCCUGUGGAGUCGCUUGCGCUCUCUUACUGUCCCCUCUCAACAGUCCAUGAUGGGUCCUGGUAACACCAACCAGUCGUCGUCCACGUCGCUGCCCCCACGGCUCCUGCGGACCUGCUCCACGAGCAGUUUACCUGUUUCGCUGGACCGCGUAGUCACUUCUUUUGACUCUUUUCAUCCCAUUGAGGCGCUGGGCGAUAUUAGGAAUAGAGUGGCUACCGAUGUAACAGCGUUGCGAGAGCAACUACGCAGACGAUCCCAGCGUGUCAUUGAACGUUUUUCCAAGGUGGAUGAGUACGUGCUCAUCAUGUGA